AGCAACAUAAAAUCAAAGCACCGCAAAAAAAAAGCAGAAAACAUUAGACCAGAUCACAUAACCAAACGCUAAAACAAUAAAACCCUACGCACCACAAACACUCGUGCGGAGAACCGAUUCGAACAAGGAAACGAAGAGAACAAAGCAGAAAAAUACAAAACAAAACAAGAACAAGCAAAACAUCACACGAUGAAGAUUGCCCUUACCAGCUAUGCCAUCCCCACACUUCUGCUGCUAUUGUGGGGGACCACCAUACUCGGUUUUGUGAGCGCCGAGGAAACCUGUACCACCAGCAAUGAUUGCGAAAGCGAGGACUCGUACUGCGCCUCCUCCGGAACGUGCCUCUCCGUCGGAGCCUGCGCCGAGGUUUCGGAUUGCAGCGAUCCCACCAACCAGCCCUUUGCCUUGGUCAUGUGCGUGGGGACCAUGGAGUGCCGGGAAGGCAUGUGUGGCAUGAAAUGCGGAGACAUGGGCGACGACAGGAUGGCCUGCGACGCGAACAGCACGGACCCGAGCGUCUGCGGGGAACGAGCCUACUGCUCCUCCGAGGGCAUCUGCACCAAAAUUGGGUCCUGUGCCAUUGCGGACGACUGCUUCCACCAAAACAACGUCGGGUUUGGAGUAGCGCUCUGCUUUGGAAACAUGGAGUGCACCUCCGAGAAGAAGUGCGAGAUGGAUUGCGACGGCGGGAGUGAUGCCAUAAUGGGGUGCGAUACCUCCGAGGAUUGCCUCGGGGACGACGACUACUGUUCAACCGAGGGGAUCUGCAUGGAGAAUGGAUCGUGCAACGUUGUAGACGAUUGCAGCAACCUGAACAACACCUACGCGAUGAUCGAGUGCGUUGGCACCCUGACCUGCGAGAGCAACAUGUGCGGCAAGGUUUGUGGCGACUUUGACUCUGCCAGCGCCGGAAACGCCUCUGCCGUCGAAGCUCCCGCGGCUUUCUGCACCCGCGACGAGGACUGCCUCUCCCUCGCCCCAAGAGAACGCACGGGCCUCUUUGCGCCCGACGAAACACCGGAGUUCGAGUACUAUUGCGCCGACGGCACCUGCCGGCAGAUGGGGAGCUGUGCGACGGAUUCCGAUUGCUCCAACCCCGCCAAUCGCUUGUACCAGGACAAGAAAUGCCUUGGCUACCUGUCGUGCGAUGUAGGGACCUGCGACCGCAUCUGCGGCCAGGAAUGUUUGAGGGGCCGUCCGGGGCGGUGCGAUGCGAAUCCCUGUGCCGCCGACCCUGCCACGGCCUGCCCGGGGGCCGUCUCGUGCAUCACGGACACGUGCAACGGGAGCUGCGAGGCCGUCUACUAUGGCGAGGCCGGCAACAUCUUGGCGGGCUGCGGGUCCGGGGAAACGAGCGUGGACCAGAGCGCCGCAGCACCGGAGUCCGGGGAAACGAGCGUGGACCGGAGCGCCACAGCACCGGAUGCAAACGAUCGCGUGCCCACCGAGUCCGUGGCGAGCUCCCUGGAGAGCGGCGCCGCAGUCCUUGCAGGGUCUCUCGGCCCGGCCCUCGCGGUGGCGGCAUUUGUGCUGCUAGCGUGCUAAGAGAGAAGGAAGGGGAACCGGGGGGAUGGGAUCCGUUCGUGCGUGCAUCCAUCCGAAACGCGGUUGCCACGAAGGAACCUUCCGUCAAGUGCGCUAUAACCGAAUGGCUCUCGGCGGUGUCGAGAGUCCAAACCAGUGGUUCUACAACAAGUGUUAAUCAACGUAUUAGAACAUUUUAAGAAAACAACUAGAAGUAU